AUGUCUCAAGAUUCUGCUGCCCUCAGUUUGCUGUCGUUGUCGCUGGCUGCCGAGAGUGCUCCUCAUCUAGCACUCGAGCCAUCCAGCGCAGGCAGCAAGCAUCCCUCUGCUCCCGCCCAUCAUCGCCGUCUCUCUUCGUCAACAGGACGUCGUCGGCGACUGAGCGAUGCCAGAGACGCAGCAACCCGCCCAAUUUCGGUCGGGAGUCCGAUAUCCUCAAUGGCGGCCAUGUCUCUCUCUUCGGUGUCUCCUCCCACUUCGUCAAUCCCACUACCUGGAAGCGCCCCAACCAAAGGAAGCACACCCAUCCCCAUUGCCUCCAAUGGUCCAGGUCGCAAGAAGCGCGGCGUAGACCACAAAUGUGAGACUUGCUCCAAGAUCUAUCGUCACCCUUCUUGCCUUAUCAAACAUCGUUGGGAGCACACCCCGCAUUGGCGAACCCUUGCAUCACUCCCCACUGGAGGCGGUGGCGUUCUCAGCAAACAUGCACAGGUUCAGUUGCUCGAGGCUGCCGCUAUCCUUUCGAAUCUCAGUCCUGUUUCUGACAAUGGAACAAGUCUCCCUGAAGACCGUGGAAUGUGGCCUCGUUGGUGCAGUGGCGGUGUUCUGGAGGGCGAAGAUACUGUCUCGACCUCAUAUGGAUCGCCUGGGUAUGGUUCGGUCCCUGGAGUAUCCGAAUCUUUCAACGGCUAUGGAUUUGCUGCUCGCUCUGCUGGUGCGGGUCCCCGGCUUCAUGACUACGAGGUGCCUCGUGGAGCCCAAGUUCGAGCCGGAGUUGUGCAAGUGCCCAAUCCUCGCCAUGGUCACAGCCACAGUCUGGGGAGUAGCGCAUGGAGUGUCCCUCGCUCAGUGAGCGUCUCAGCAUCCGUGUCCUCCGAACAGAGCCGCAGUCGUUCCACUCCCAGCGACGAUGAAGAACUCGAAGAAGAUGAAGGUUAUCUUCGUGGUCGUGGUAAUGCACGGGUUUGGAAGCAUGAGGAAGACGACGACGAUCUUGGUUACGACUUGCGCGGGGUGCGCGAGGAGCGCGAACUCGAGGAAACCUUGGAGCAGGACAACGACAAAGAGAAAGCACGGGAGACUGAAAGCUUGCGUUGGGCUGGCAUGCAAGAGGACGACAUCGACAUGGACCUUGAUUAG